AUGUAUCUUCCAGUCGUUAUCCUUGGUCUCCUCGGAGCCAGUACGCUCGCUAGCCCAAUCAUCGCAGAGACAGUAGAACUCACAGAUUCGCCUGCAGUCCUGCUUGGUAGAGAGCCACAUCACCCUCCCAAGUGGCCGCACAAUCCUCCUAAAUGUAAGACCAAGACUGUUUAUGGCCCUUACACCCUGAAGGCUCCUGUCUUCGGCUUCGGGCAAUCUGAGGAGUACUAUGCCGAGAAAAUCGAAGAUUUGUUGGUAGUCACUGGUCAUGGAAAGGAUGGCGAGCCUCUCGACAGUGAAAACAAGAACGGCAAAGGUCAUGACUACGUCGUUACCAAAUGCAUCACCUACAGCUGGACGACAUCGACAUGGUACCAUACCAUUCCCGGCCAUCACCACCCAACGAGCUGUGCUACAACGACCACUGUGCAUCGUGGUCACCAUGGCUUCCCAACAGGAAUUCCUAUUCUCCCUAAGCCAAUCCCACAUUUGGGUUGGCCAGGCAUUCCAAUCCCUACUAAGAAGAAGGGAUGGUAA